AUGCCGCUCCUCCGGCGUUACGUCUUCAAUCCUACCGGAAUAACAAGAGUCGGAGAAGAAGAAUAUAACGACCAAACCGAACCUCAAACCAGGGGAUACAUCCAUGUGAAUGUGACAGCCUCAACUAGGGUUUCACUCAACGAGAGAGAGCAUCAGAGAAGUGCACCUUUGUCUUGUUCUUGGGAUCUCAACAGUUGUCACCAUGUUUAUGCUGGACUACAGAAUGGGAUGGUUUUAGUAUUUGAUAUGCGUCAAAACAAGAGACCUUUAGCGUCCUUGGUUGGCGUGACAAGCAAUCCAGUUCAUACUAUCUAUCAUGUAUUUCAUGUUUGUCUCAAGAGACGAGUUGAUGGCUCUUAUUCUCAGAAACAGUCAUCAACACAAGCUAUUGUAGACACCAUCACCUUGCCAAGAACAGCGAUUAUAGAUUUUGGUGAGGAAAGGAGACAACUGUUUGCAUCUUAUGAUGACUUCACUCGAGAGCUAAUCUUGCAAGAUCCUUCCUCUUUUACUGUCUCUCAACGGUUUGCAUUGUCAAGUCCUCAUCUGCUUCAAGACGUGAAAUACGCUCACCUCAAUGGUUCGGGUUUGCUCGGUCUCUUAACUGAUGAUAGAUUGCAACUUCUUAGUAAUUAA